GGGGGGAGGGAGCGGAGAGGCCGGGACGAGCCGGGCACGAAGUUCUAGAGCUGGUCUACCUUGGAUAACACUACCCUGGACUGCUGUCUGCCGCAAAGUUUACAGCAUCCCAUCUUGGAAAUAUUUCAAGAUAACAUAGGUGGCUCCAUGUCACAAUAUCAGGACUCCUGGGGACUAUUCCAGCAAGAUAUACAACAUGACCUGGAUAUUGAAAUGGAACCUGUGGCUGCUUGCCCAUCGUUUGCUGAUCCAACCAGUGACUUCGAUCGGAACAUUCCCCGCAUCUGCGGCGUCUGUGGAGACAAAGCUACCGGAUUUCAUUUCAAUGCUAUGACGUGUGAAGGCUGCAAAGGAUUUUUUAGGAGGAGUAUGAAAAGAAAAGCCAUGUUCACAUGUCCGUUCAACAACGACUGUAAAAUCACUAAAGACAACCGCCGACAUUGCCAAGCCUGUCGGCUGAAGCGUUGCAUCGACAUAGGCAUGAUGAAAGAGUUUAUUCUUACCGACGAAGAAGUUCAGAGGAAAAGAGAGAUGAUCAUGAAAAGGAAGGAAGAGGAAGCUCUUAAAGAGAGCUUGAAGCCCAAGUUGUCCGAGGAGCAGCUGCGGGUCCUUGAGAUUCUCCUGGAAGCCCACCGCAAAACUUACGACGCCACUUACUCUGAUUUCAGUCAGUUCCGGCCUCCUAUAAGAACUGAUGCACACAAAAGAAGUACAAGUAGAUCUUCCUCCUUCACGACGCAAGGAUUCUCCUCAGAUGAAUCUUCAGACACUUUUAACUCCUCUCCAGAGCCCAGGAUGUUCUCAAACCUGGAACUGAGUGACGACAGUGACGACAGCGCAGCCAUGUCUAUCGGCUUCUCUCAGCUCACCAUGCUGCCUCACCUAGCCGACCUGGUGAGCUACAGCAUCCAGAAAGUGAUCGGGUUCGCCAAAAUGAUCCCAGGAUUCAAAGACCUAACAGCAGAGGACCAGAUUGCUCUGUUGAAAUCCAGUGCUAUUGAAGUAAUCAUGCUCCGUUCAAAUGAGUCAUUUUCACUGGAGGACAUGUCCUGGACCUGCGGCAGCGAUGACUUCAAAUACAAAGCCACUGAUGUUACACAAGCGGGCCACAACAUGGAACUGCUUGAGCCUCUUGUUAAAUUUCAAGUUGGCCUGAAGAAACUGAACCUGCAUGAAGAGGAGCACGUGCUCCUGAUGGCUAUCUGCAUCGUCUCUCCUGACCGCCCUUGUGUGCAGGAUACCGCCCUGGUGGAGUCCAUCCAAGACCGCCUUUCAGAAAUCCUGCAGACGUACAUCCUCUGCCGGCACCCACCCCCGGGCAACCGCCUGCUGUAUGCCAAGAUGAUCCAGAAACUGGCCGACCUGCGGAGCUUGAAUGAGGAGCAUUCCAAGCAAUAUCGCUCCCUCUCCUUUCUGCCAGAGCACAGCAUGCAGCUCACGCCGCUCGUCCUCGAGGUCUUCGGCAAUGAAAUCUCCUGAUGUUGCGGGGCUGUUAUCAAACUUACAGUAAGGAGCCAGCCUGGCUUCCCACAGGUGGCAAGCUGGGAGCUCGGGCCCGUGAAGUUCUGUAUAUUCUGCAAGCAAAAGAGUUUUGAUUCUUUUUUUUCCACACUACUGGAGGGGACUGUGUGAUGUGUGCGUCUUCAGUCUUGUACUUCUUCCUCGCUGCUGAGCAGCAGCCUGCAAGCAGCCCACCUCUUCCCAUCCAAACUGAAUCAAUUUCUCAGUUGCUGCUUUGUCCUGAUGAAACCGCUUGUCGUUCUCUUCAAUGUGGAGCUUUCUCAGCCAGCAAUUGAAAAUUCUGCGUUGUGUCUUAAGGAAAGUAAUGGUUGAAGAGCACAUGAAUAUGGUGAAACGUAGGGUGGGAUGGGGUGGGGGGGCGUUUAAGACUGGACAUAGUAUUCUUCCCUUGCCAUUUGAAUCCAGUGUAAGCCGUAACACGUCAGAAGUGACAAAGUGGGGUUUUUUUUCUGCACAAUGUGCAUUUCCUGCAUAAUUUUCUGCCAAAAGCUAAGGUUCUCCAGCUCUGCAAAAGCAUUUAUCGGCCUCAGAAUGAGUAAAAGAGGGAUCUUUAAUGGACUAGGUCAUUGUGCUGUUUAAAAAGAAAAAAACCCGACAAUGUAUUGAGUGUAUGCAUAUUGUGUGGGAGAGGAUAUUCGAGCCAACCAUGCAUGCCUUCUUAGAGAAGAUAGUGGAGCUCUUCGGAGGCUCCUUAAGGGCUGGGCCUCUGCCGAGAGAAUCCCAGAAUUGUUUUCUUUAAAAACAAGGCACUCCACGUUCCUUUU